AUGGCUGGAAAUAUUGGCGGCUAUGGGCAGGUGAUUGAGUACAUCCAAGAUCGUCUCUACCUCGCCUCUUACGACAACCCUCCGGACGCAAGAACCCCAUUCCCAUACCCAGUGGAGCAGCCCAAGUCUCCUAGCAAGCGUUCUGCGCGAUCCCAGCAGAGCUCUCCCAGCAAGCGACGGAGCCCCGUAUACUUUACCGUGGAUGACACCCUUUUGUAUAAUUCUUUCCAUGCGGAUUUUGGUCCUCUGCACAUUGGUCAUCUCUACCGCUUUGCGGUCCAUUUCCAUGAGAUUCUCGGAGACCCCGCAAACAGCGAUCGCCCGGUCGUGUUCUACUCUCGGACGGACGCGCGGAGUCGGGCAAACGCAGCGUGCCUCGUCGCGUGCUACAUGGUCCUGAUUCAAUCAUGGCCCCCGCAUCUGGCCCUUGCGCCUAUUGCGCAGGCUGAUCCACCUUAUAUGCCUUUCCGCGACGCCGGAUACAGUCAGGCUGAUUACAUCCUGAACAUCCAGGAUGUUGUGUAUGGUGUGUGGAAGGCCAAGGAGCAGUCUCUGUGCGGGUUAAGAGACUUCAGUCUGGAAGAUUAUGAGAAGUUUGAGCGUGUCGACAUGGGCGAUUUCAACUGGAUCACUCCCGAUUUCAUCGCCUUUGCCUCGCCUCAGCACGAGCCGAUUGCCCCGAUUCCACAAAACACCCCCGAAUAUGAUGCCUUGCCUGCCACGGUAUCCGAAGUCCUCUCCUCCAGACUCCCUCUUCCUUUCAAGAAUGUGUUGGCCCACUUUUCGUCCCGUAAGGUUGGGCUCGUUGUGCGCUUGAACUCGGAACUCUACUCUCCAUCCUACUUCACGGCCCUAGGAAUCAACCAUGUGGAUAUGAUAUUUGAAGAUGGCACAUGCCCCCCGUUGCCUCUGGUGCGGCGCUUCAUCAAGAUGGCGCACGAGAUGAUCACGGUGAAACGCCGGGGGAUCGCUGUCCAUUGCAAGGCAGGAUUGGGACGCACAGGCUGCUUGAUCGGCGCAUACUUGAUCUACCGCUAUGGCUUCACUGCCAACGAGAUCAUUGCCUUCAUGCGAUUCAUGCGACCGGGCAUGGUGGUCGGGCCUCAACAGCACUGGUUGCAUCUCAACCAAGGCUCCUUCCGGGAGUGGUGGUUUGAAGACACUAUGAAGGAGAAGCUUGCGGCUCAGAUGCAGGCGACUCCCAUCACGCCUGCCAGGCAAUCUACCAGACAACGUGCAAACAAUGGGCCAGUUGCCACCCCUCCGAACAAUAGCCACUCUAAGCGCGCCGCGCUGGGAGAGAUCGACCACAAUGAGGGCGCUGGCGUUCCGUGCGAGGAGAACCUUCCGGCGCCAACACCUGGACAGCCUCGAAAAUCCCACAGAAAAGACUCUCGCCAUCAUCCCUAUGCUCGCACGACUUCUGGUAGCCUUGUUGUCGACAAGGAUGGACAUAAGAAUGGGGAGCAACGGGGUCAUCGACUGAGCAACGACAGCAGUGAGAGUGAAGAAGAAAUUCAACUUCGCAUGCUGGCGAAACGUUCCUCCAAGUCUCCUGUGGCCUCGCCGGGCCAGCGUUCUGUCAGUUACUCGGCGACCCUGACUGCCAGCUACACUUUGAACGACGAUAUCCACGAAGAUCGCGAGAACUGGGGUGACUCGGGCUAUGCUGCACCGAAGACACCUGUCAGCACCAAGAGUGGGAGCGGGGCGAUUUCGGUGACCAAGGUUCGGUCAAGUCCUCGCCGGGUGACGGACAGCAGAAGCGAAACCAGGGGCAUCCGCAAGCCUAGCGGCCGAGUUGGCAGUGCAGGAAGCCCGACUAGGGUGAAAUGA